AUGGCGCUCUCGGUGCCGGUCAACGGCAUGAAGGAGGUGGGCGGCGGCAAGGAGCCCCUCAUAGAACUCUUCGUCAAGCCUGCAGAUCUUCAGAACUUGGCUCCAGGGACACACCCGCCUUUCAUCACCUUUAAUAACGAAGUGAAAACUGACGUGAACAAGAUUGAAGAGUUCCUUGAAGACGUUCUCUGCCCACCCAAGUAUAUAAAGCUUUCAGCAAAACAUCCAGAAUCAAAUACUGCUGGAAUGGACAUCUUUGCUAAAUUUUCAGCUUUUAUCAAGAAUUCCAGACCUGAAGCCAAUGAAGCCUUGGAGCGGGGUCUUUUGAAAACUCUGCAGAAGCUGGAUGAGUACUUAAUUAGUCCCCUCCCUGAUGAGAUUGACGAGAACAGCAUGGAAGACAUCCCUGCCUCUACGCGCAAAUUUCUGGAUGGGAAUGAGAUGACGCUAGCAGACUGCAACUUGUUACCCAAGCUGCAUAUUGUCAAAAUUGUGGCCAAAAAGUAUCGCAACUUUGAUAUUCCCAAGUCUAUGACGGGCAUCUGGAGAUACCUGAAGAACGCCUCUAGCCGUGAUGAAUUCACCAACACUUGUCCUGGAGAGAAAGAGAUUGAAAUCGCCUACAGCGACGUAGCUAAAAGACUCGCUUAAAAAAAAGCAGCGUUGCACGUGUAUAAGCAAAAGCUUUUUUUAACAAGACUGCUCUUUUUUUUGUCUUUUAAGAUAGCCAUUUACUUUGCAUGUAUCUUGCAGUUAAUUCAAGUGCUACACUGGGCAGACCAGGUAUUGUCAUUUGUCUUUCUCUCUUUUGUGAAAUGCAAAUUUUAUAUUACACAGCUUAUUUGUUUUGCCUCCUGUAAAAGAGCAAAUGCAGCCAUUAAGAGGGAAGCCAUUGUGAAUCUCCCCUUCUCUCCCCAAACUUGAGUGGUCCAAGGUUUUCUUUCCUAGUAAGCAGGUUCUGAAUCCAGGUUAAUCCCAAAGCCGGUUCAUAUUGACAGAAGAACCUAGUAAUGAUCAACUUUGUCCUGGCAUUUCCCCAACAGAGGUGUAUAUAUAAUUGAAUACCAUUUCCAUGUUAAACCACACACAUAGGCACAUUCUCUUCAUGGGGAAAACUGGUCCUGUCUGCCCUUUCCUAAAGUAGUAUUUCAUGUGCAAGGAGUUACAACUCCUUACCCAUAGCUAUGGUGAACCUGUCUAAAGAAGGCUUGGUGUCUUUAUAGUACUACCUUUAUAAACCGUCCUUUGGAUCUCAGAUUGAACCUGGGCUUCUUAAAUUGGCUUAAGGGGAUGAGCUUCUUGAUGGUGGCCGAAACAACCGUCUUAUUGCAUUUGGAAGGGAAGCUUAAUUUUCUUUUCUUUUUUUAAGUUAUACCUCUCGGUCUGCCCGCACCAAAAGCUCUGCCAAAGUUGCUUGCAGAACUCAUGGGCAAGUUUUGGGAAGUCCAUUUAUCCAUCAGUUCGACAUCACUUUGGAACAAGGUCAAACACCAGGACUGAUGCCUACUCUCAGAUUAGGUAUGGUGAGGAGAAAGAAGGUGAAUGGGAAAUGUAUAUUCACCAUAUUUAUUCUCACACAAGUCCACUGUUUUGUUUUGAUUCUGGAUCAGUUGUUUCUCAAACUUGGCAACUUUUAAGAUGGGUGGAGUUCAACUCAUAGCAUUCUGGGAGUUGAAGUCCACCUAUUUUAAAAGUUGCCAAGUUUGAGAAACCCUGCUCUGGAUAGUCAGCUUAGAAUCUGGUGGUCUUUUUUUAGAAGCUUGCUAUCCCUAUAAAUAAUGAGACAAAUUCCUAAGCUAUAAUAGCAAGUGAUUUCUUUUUAGGUCAGUAAGGGACUUGUCAGACUGCAGAAUUCAUUUCUUAAGUAAACAGUCAAAGCUUUGCUGGCUAGAGGUACAUUGGGGUGUCAUAGGACGAGUGAUCAGAAAAAUUCAAGAUGGAGGCCACAAGCCUGUGAGUCAAACCACAGUGCAUUCUGAUGCAAAUGAACAAUUGAUUGUGUGAUUGUCAUGUCCAUCUUGACUUCCUUGAGCAUCAUCCCUGCAGGUCUUCACAAAAAUACAGUAACUUAAUGACUGAGGUGCAUCCUUUUUGCUUUUUGCUAGAGGUCAAAAUCUUACUAAAUUCUACUGUUUUAUUUUUAAUUUUCAGACAAGUGUUCUUUUAAAAAUCCGUUUAUUUGCCUUAACAAGACAACCUGCGUAGUUCCCUCGCUGUAAUUCUUCCUGUGAAGCAAGCCAAGUGCCUUUUCCGUUGUUUUAUUAAGGUUUUACAUUGGGAUUUAUCUGUACUUUCCCCCCACAUAAAUGUUAUUAAGUUUCACUAUAAGAUAAAAAAAAUAGGAAAAACAAAAGUUAGAAAAAUAAGAGAAAGGGAAGAGAGUAGCUCCUUAACUCUUUACCUGAUCGAUUAUUUUUCAUGCUGCAAUCAUGAUAUAUUAAAAGGUCAGUUGUGUUUUCCCCCCACUUAGAACAGCAUCAAGGAACAGUGCUGUAAUUCAAUUUCAAAAGUUCAAAAGCCCAAUAAAUUUGAUUUUCUUCCAUUUAAAAGGCCAAUGCUUGAGGCACGGAAUGACUUUUCCAUUUGCUUUAAAUGCGAUGAAUAACAAGCUUCAAAACAGACUUGAUUGUGUGGGAUUUGUUUUUUGUUUUGUUUUUUAAAUUAGUAAUUUUUACAUUAAUGGGUAAUCCUUUUACCUUGAAAUGCAAAUCAUUUUAUUGUUUGCAAGGGAAUAUCUUGCAUUUUUAAGCUUUUGCUGACCAAUUUGCAGAUCACAAGUCUCACUGAAUUUAUUAUGCUUUACCUUUGUGUUUCCUCAAAGAUAAAUCAUAGGAAAUAUAGAAAAGUAUUUUAAAUUAAUUUGUGUAGUUUGGGCACAUAGAAGAGAAACAGAGCAAUUCUUGUGUAAGGUACUUGACAAUAAGAGAUUUUUUCAAAUAACACCCCCCCCCCCCCCCCCCCCCCCCCCCACAUCAAACCUUAUCAUAUCACCGAGCAUUUUUAUAUUUUUAUAAAAAGUUUUAAUCACAAAUAGCUUUAUAUACAUUAUAUGUUUUCUAUAUGGCUGUGUCUCCUGACACGUCCUAAAAUGUCCAGUAUUGCCAAAACCUGAUUGGGGCUCACAAAAUCCCCCCCUCCAAAUAAUUAUACAAUGUGGCAGAAAUCCUAAAGGAAAAAUGUUGCCAUUUUAAAAAUUUUCACUUAAAUUUCAGAGACACUGGCUAAUACUUCCCCAUUGCCUUUGAUUCAGUUGAUUCCCAUCGCCUUCUUCACGUGCCAAAAGAAAAGAUAAUGAAGAGGAUAUAAUGUGGCCUGGGUUCUUAAGUGGCAAUGAUGGCAAAUGCAGAAGGAAUAAAACUUUCCCUGAUUUAUCUUCCUUGGCAAAUUGAAAAUUCAGUGGCAUGAAAGGGUCUCUUAGACCGAAUGUGUUUCAAUGCCCUCGUACGCCAGAAGAGAAUCUGGCUGCCCAGUGGGGCCAUUAACCUCUUUUCCCUCCAUUUUCUGCUUUUCAUGAACAGGUCAGAAAUGUUUUCCUUAGCCUGAAGUGAGGUAUCCGUGGAACCCUUUCCCAAACUGUUGGCCAGGUCUUGUUCUUGGCCUGAUUUGGUAAACCAACGUAGAGCCACUCACACAAAUAGUGAUGUAUCUGCUGUGUGUAGCUAGGUGACCCACAGAUCAAGUUGCACACGUGAGGAUUGGAGUGAAGGGCCACGUGGACCGAAGCAUUUUUUUACCCCUCUGAAUAAAUUGAGAGAGGCAUGGGGUGGGUGGAGUGGAAAAUAGACCCGAGAAAGGAGCUCCGUUUAAAUAUAAUAGCAGGCUUGUUUAGUUUUUCAGCUAAGCGGCCUUGUCUGAGGUGAGGUGAGAGGACCCAGGAUUGACUGGGCCGCUACUCCCCAGUGAUGUUGUGAUGAAUCUGUUAAAGAUUGUUUUAUGUGAGGUGAGUUGGGAGUCCAGCAUGAAAACUCUAGGACUGGAGUUCAGAGAAUUGUCCAAUUGCCAUUAGUUCUGGAAUAGAGGUAGGCCUCGACUUUACGGCCACAAUUGAGCACAAAAUUUCUGUUGUUAAGUGAGACAUUUGUUGAGUUUUGCCUCAUUUUACAACCUUCCUUGUCGCAGUUGUAAGUGAAUCAUUGCAGUUGAUAAGUUAGCAGCCCAGUUAUAAAGUAAAUCUGACUUCCCCAUGGAUUUUGCUUGUUAGACAGUUGCAAAAGUUGAUCGCGUGAUCUUGGGACUCAGCAACGGUCCUAAAUAUGAAUCGAUUCUCAAGCACCUGAAUUUUGAUCACAUGAUGCUGAUAGAUGUAGCCGAUGAGGCACAAAGCUUUGGAAAUUCUCUCUCUCUCUACACACAAUCCUGUGUGCUUCCAACUCAUGAAAAUACAGGUUACCCAGAAGUCAAAUCUAGGGGUUUGCAGCAAAGAUUAGUGUGCAAGGAAAGAGUGAUACCAUCCCUCUGCGAUGGCUACAUUUUUCUUGAAGGUGAACUACACGUGUCAAUAGCUGCCAAAUUUCACAAGACUUUGUUGUUCCUGCCUAAAAUUUUAUGAGAUGUUGAGCAAUUCACCUUAAGACUUACAGGGUUUUGAGCAAGAAGGCCAAUCUUGCAAUCUGUUAGCCAUUUUUAAGGUGUCCCCCCCACUUUAUCUCCACAACAGAAUUGUCCAUAGGACCCUCCUUAAAACUGUCCCUGAGCUACUAGGUGGGAGUCGUUGUCUUGAACAUGACAUCAAUAUUUUGCUGGCUGAGAAAGUAUUGCUGAUAUACUCAAAUGUCACUAAAAUUGUGGUAAAAACUUUCAACUUUCAAAAAUUGUCACUAAAGUUGCAGUAAAAACUUUCAACAUGUGUAAUUUGUGCUUUCCAAAAAAAUGUUUUGUCAGUUCAGCAAAUAGAAUUUUAUAUAACAGGAACAUGUUGAAUUUCCUUGCCAAAGUUGUGAAGCCCUUGCAAUAUUUCAUUUUUUUAUUUAGACAGAAACCACUAUGUGCUCCGAACACACCCCUUGAUCUCACUGUUUCCAUGAUAGCUUAAAUCGGAAUGGAAUGUGGUUUGUUUAUAUGUGUUCUGGUUAUGUGGUAGACAUUGAUAAAAAUGAAUAGGUGGUUUGCUUGGGAAGAAA